AUGGGCCGUACAUUUCUCUUGUGUCUUCCUGUUCGACUCGGGGCGGCCCUUAUUACCGGACUCCAAACAGCUUGGAGCGCCUUCGCGGCUGUGAUCCUUACUGUCAUCACCGUUCAGCAGAAAGAUAGUCUGACGACCAGAUGGAGGAUUGCUGGUGGUCUCACUGCCGGCGUCUACGGCGUCAUCGCCUUGGUUUCCCUCUUCGGAUUUGUCGGCGCAUGCAUCAAGAAGCUUUCCUUCGUAAAGACUUACGCGCGUAUGUUGGCGGUCGAGCUCGCGCUUCAGGUCGCCACCGUGGUGUUCUUCCUCGUCACGGUCUUGACGGAGAGCAAGGCGAAGUUCAUCGCGGAAUGUAAUGCGGAGCGCGUCCAGAUCGAGGGAACGGAUUGCAACAAGGAGGGCGCCGCACUGGCCACGACCACGGGGAAGAUUGAGCUCGUGGUGCUCACCGCCAUACCCAUCUGUUUGCAGCUGUAUGCAUGGGCCGUGGUUCGUCGGUUCCAAAUCGAUCUCCAAGAAGAGAGGGAAGAUGCCGUGGGCGUCGUCUUCCCCAGUCGUACGUCGGGAGACGACUAUGGCAGUUCUGGUUACAAGUACGACCCGACCCCUUCAGGCUCUCGCCCAAGCUCCGAGGGCAUGAUCAACGCAGAUUAUGCGUAUUCAGAUGUGAAGAGGUCUGACCAUCUUUCCGUCUGA